AUGGCUGAAGAGAUCGAAUAUGCGGACUUGGCCCCUACCAAUUCUACAAAAAAAUGCAUGAAAGACCAAGGUGAAGACAAAUUCCAAGAAGGAAUAACAAGAAUAGACACCAACGUCAACACGAAUACGGAGAUCAACUUCGAUGCAAAAAUCAAGAAUCCUCUCCAUGGAAUCCCACGAGACCAGCUCCUCUCCGACGUCGAAGAAUGGGCUCAAAGAAAGAACCUAACAGAACACAUCGCCCUCCUCAAAAAGGGCGCCCUCGUAGCUCAAAACCCGACCGGAGCAGCUCUUCUCGACGGCGAAUACACACUCACAGCAAAAGAACUACACCAUCUCGAGCGUGAAGCAACUCAUCGCUGGGAUCUACCACGCCGUCUUAUCCUCACCAUAAUAACAUGUUCCAUCGGCGCUGCGGUCCAAGGCUGGGAUCAAACCGGUUCCAACGGCGCAAAUAUCUUCUUCCCCAAAGUCUUUGGGAUAGGGAGUGAGAGCACGAAGGAUAAACUACUCGUUGGUCUUGUUAAUGCGGGACCGUAUCUUGGCUCUGCGUUUAUAGGAUGUUGGUUAUCUGAUCCUAUCAAUAACCUCUUGGGUCGCCGAGGAGUCAUUUUCGUCGCAGCGCACUUUUGCAUAUGGCCUACUAUCGGCUCUACAUUCUGUAAGACAUGGCAGCAAUUCCUCGCUUGUCGUAUCUUGAUGGGUAUUGGCAUGGGUGUAAAAGGUUCUACAGUUCCUAUAUACGCCGCCGAGAACGCACCAGCAUCUGUCCGCGGCGCACUCGUCAUGUCGUGGCAGAUGUGGACAGCCUUUGGCAUCUUCCUCGGAACCGCCUUCAACCUAGCCAUCUUCCAUCUCGAGGGCGGUAUAAACUGGCGUCUGAUGCUAGGCGCUCCCUUCAUUCCUGCCGUUCCCCUCAUGCUUCUCAUCUAUCUCUGCCCUGAGUCACCGCGCUGGUACAUGAAGAAGAACCGGUACCCGGAAGCCUGGAAAGCAAUGCUGAAACUUCGACAUGAUCCCAUCCAAGUUGCGCGGGACAUGUACUACAUCAGUUCCCAGCUCGAGAUCGAGGAGCACUUGGCUGGAAAGACGAACUAUGCUACGCGCUUUAUGCAGUUGUUUACAGUUCCGCGAGUCAGAAGGGCGACGCUUGCUGCGUUUACAGUCAUGAUUGCGCAGCAGAUGUGUGGUAUUAAUAUCAUCGCGUUCUAUUCUACUACUGUGUUUAAAGAGGCUGGUAUGUCUGACUUUAAAGCCAUGGUGGGUUCGUUUGGGUUUGGUCUUGUGAACUGGGUGUUUUCUUUUCCUGCGUUCUGGACCAUCGAUACAUUUGGUCGUCGAAGUUUGCUACUCUUCACAUUCCCCCAGAUGACAUGGACACUUCUUGCUGCUGGUCUCUGUACUCUCAUCUCCAAAGACACAGGCGAUCUUCGCACCGCUCUCGUAUGUCUCUUCGUCUUCCUCUUCGGAGCCUUUUACUCCCCAGGCGAAGGGCCCGUACCGUUCACAUACGCGGCCGAAGUCUUCCCUCUCUCCCAUCGCGAGACAGGAAUGGGAUUCGCAGUCGCAACUUGUUUCUUCUGGGCCAGUGUUCUCGGGAUAUCGUUCCCUUUUAUUCUCGACCGUCUGCAGACCGUUGGUGCAUUUGGAUUGUACGCAGGGUUUAACAUGGCUGCUUUCAUCAUGAUUUUAUUCUGGGUUCCCGAGACGAAGCAGCGUACCCUUGAGGAACUAGACUGGGUAUUUGCUGUGCCUACGGGCAAGUUUGCGUCGUAUCAGCUUCGAGUUGCGAUUCCAUAUUGGUUUAAGCGGUGGGUGCUUUGGAAGAAGGAUGUUACUAAGGAACCUCUUUAUGAGUUUGAGAUUGUUGGUGAUGCUGGGAACUCCAAUGUUAAGACGACUGAGGAGAGAGCUUGA